GUGCGCUCGCGAGGGAGAACCGCCUUCUUCCGGAACCUUCUAAAUGACGCUGGAGAUGGAAGAGGGGGGAGACGGGAGAGGUCUGGUUGGCCGUCUUCUUCUGGAACCUUCUACAUAUAUCCGGAAGUGGAAUCUGCACAUUACCUUCUCUAUAAUAAAGCCCCAUUAGCUAUCAGGUGCGGUACGACCGUAAGCCCAAGACCUGUGUAGCGCUUCUUUCUUCUUCGCCGUUCCAGGUUCCUUUGCGAAACCUUCUUCCACCAAGAAUGGCCGGAAUGCUAGCACUCAAGAGGGGUGCCUCUCGUUUGAGCCUUCCUUCCAUGACGAGGGUCCUCUCGGCCUCCACUUGUCGUGCUUUCAACACCUCUGCUCAGGUGCGUGAGCGUGAGUAUGCGGAGGACGACCGCAACCUUGACUUUGAUCGCAGGGAGAGGGCGGUCGACCAGCGUCGCGGUGAUGGCCCUAGCCUCUUUACCGACGUGUUCGAUCCCCUCUUUCCACAGAGGAGCCUGAGCCAGGUUCUCAACCUCAUGGACCAAUUCAUAGACAACCCACUGCUCGCUGCCACGCGAGGAGCGACCGGCGGCGCGAGGCGAGGUUGGGACGUAAGGGAGGAUGACGAUGCCCUUCAUCUGAGGAUGGACAUGCCGGGUCUUGGGAAGGAGCAUGUGAAGGUGUACACGGAACAAAACACCCUCGUCAUUCGUGGCGAAGCCGAGCCGGAGUCGGAGGGAGAACCGGGGAGGAAGUACAGCAGCCGGAUCGACAUCCCGGCGAAUCUGUACAAACUUGAUGGGAUCAAGGCGGAGAUGAAGAAUGGGGUGCUGAAAGUUAAGGUGCCCAGGGUAAAGGAAGAGGAGAGGCAUGAUGUCGUCCAAGUACAGAUCGAUUAAAGAGCUUGAGUGAGAGCAGGUCUCUGCUUCUUGUCAUCAGGAAACGCCUUUGUUUUUCUUUCCUUGGUAGUUUUAGAUGGUAGCUACGAAUCCCGGGAGACAUGUUUUGGGUUUUAAGAGGAAGAUUUAGGAGACGCUUUUGAAGAUGUAAAUAAAAAUGGAGGUGUGGUCUGGUCUUUGUAGUGUUGCUUUGUUUUGUUGAAUCAUGAACGGAAAAGCAGCAGCAUCCUCUUUCGCA